CCCCCCCCCCCCCCCCCCAAGGCGCUUCACAACACAAUCAGUCAUUCACACGCUGGUGGGGAUGAGCUACGAUGUAGCCACAGCUGCCCUGGGGCGCACUGACAGAGGCGAGGCUGCCGAGCGCUGGCGCCACCGGUCCCUCCGACCACCACCAGCAGGCAAGGUGGGUUAAGUGUCUUCCCCAAGGACACGACAUCCCUGCUCAUUAUGAGAUAUUCCUCUGCAUCACAGAGGAAAUCUGGAGACAUAAACCAAAGCUUAACCAAGGAACAUUUCUUUAGACGUGUUUCUGCUGUGACUGAGGCCAUGUGAUGAUGUAAGGCUGAAGAUUAUCCCGGAGUGGAGAAUGCUAAAUGGUUUCCUUGAGGUGGCCUCCGUCAACACCUUUGUGUGCUCCAUCUGUCUGGAGGUCUUCUCUGAGCCCGUCUCCACCCCCUGUGGACACAACUUCUGCAAGAGCUGCAUUACGGAGUUCUGGUCCCGCAGUGAAGCCAAACAGUGUCCGCUGUGUAACGAGAGCUUCGUCAGCGCGCCCGAGCUGCGAGUCAACACAGAAUUCAGAGACAUUCUACAGCUUUUCAAGGAGACGAGCGCAGCAGAGGGCCGCGGCCUUCCUGUCCAUGCUGGUGACGUGCCCUGCGACCUCUGCUGUGGUGCGAAGAGCAAAGCUGUUAAAUCCUGUCUUGGGUGUCUGGUCUCCUACUGCGAUGCUCACCUGGAGCCCCAUCACAGGGUUCCGGCGUUGAAGUGGCACACGCUGGUCAGCCCCGUGGAGUCCCUGGAGGACAGAGCCUGCAGGACUCACAACAAGCUGAAGGAGUUCUUUUGCAGGACGGACCAGAGCUGCGUCUGCGCCGCCUGCAGCAGGGACGAUCACGCGAUGCACGAGGUCGUCUCUUUAGAGGAGGAGCUGAAGCAGAGGAAAUCGCAGCUGCUGUUGAUGAAAGUCAGAGUUGACCAAACUUUAGAGGAGAAGAGCAUCACAGCUGAGAGGAUUCAAAACUCCAUCAAGCAACGUCGACAGAAAGUGAAGAAGGUGAAAGCAGAAACCAUCAGGUCCUUCGCAGCUCUGGUGGCUUUGAUCGAAGCCAAAAAGAUGAAGCUGAUUGAGUUUCUGGAGGAGAAACAAAAAGCCACAGAGCAGGAAGCUGAAAUGGUCGUCGGACAACUGCAGAUGGAGAUCUCGGAGAACCAGCGUAUAAGCACCCAGCUAGAAGAUCUCUUAAAGACCGAAGAUGACUUCAGGCUCCUGCAGGACCUCCCAUCCAUCGCUGCUCCUACAGAAUCCAAAUCCUUCAGACCCAAAACCCAAACAGUCCUACAUGAAAACACCGUGAAGAUGGCAGUGGCCCAGACGGAGGAGGUGCUCAGUCAGCAGGUGGAGAUCAUGAUCAGAGAAGCUAGUCUGACCGAGCUGCAGGAACCAGGAGAUCCUGAAACGGACGUGGUGUUUCACGAUGAGCUGGAGACAAUCCAGCAGGAGUGCAUGACUACAGUGAGUCUGGACCCCAGCACAGCGCAUCCGUCCCUUAUUGUCUCAGAAGACCGGAAACGAGUGAUGGACGGAGGCUCCAGGAGGAACGUCUCUGACAACUCGUCCAGGUUUGACUGUCUUCACUAUGUUUUGGGAAACGAGGGCUUUUCCUCGGGAAGGUUUUACUUUGAGGUGUCGGUGAAAGGUCAGACCACUUGGGAAGUGGGCGUGGCCAGAGACACCAUCAACAGGAAAGGUGUCAACUUGUCUCUGAGUCCUGAACAUGGAUGCUGGACUCUGGGGUCUUACUGGGGACGGUGCCAGGUGAACUCAAACCCUCCCGUCGUCCUGCCAGGUGCACCUGAGAAGCUCGGAGUCUUCGUGGAUUGCGACCAGAGGGUGGUCUCCUUCUACGACGUAGACACCAGGACUCUGAUUUACUCCUUUACUAAGUGCACCCUUUCAUUGGAUUCACCUGAAGAUGCCGGUAAAAGAGCAACUUCUGGAAGAAGCCUGGUAGAACGCCGGAUUUACGUCGGCACGGUAACGACAAACAGGAUCUAUCCCAUAUUCCGCCCCGGCUCUGAAGAAACGGAAGCUGCUCUCUGGAUUUGUCCUGUCAGAAGCUCCAAAAGAAGGAAGUGAUUCAGUUUGGCUCGGAGAAGUUUGGUCUGUUUGAUCUGUGAUUAUUAGCCUUUGAACCUCUGACGUCUGCUGAGGAAACGGCGACCCCUGCUUCACACUAGAAGCAUCAGCAAAGCGGAACGGCAGCAGAACGGCGUACUUGUGACUUUCGAUGCGGGCCAGAACACGCCAGGAGGAUCUCGGCCACAGAGCAGCUCACGCUUUCCUCACGAAAUCACAAAUCCCUCGAGUUUAUGCCGUCUGAUCAUUAAACCAAAAAGCAGGAAAUCAUGUUUGACAUGUUCGAACUCACAUUCCCACUGGGCCAAAAGGAAAAACUGGGACGAAGUUGCGCGCCAAACUCAAUAUUUGUUAAAAAGUGGUGGUAAAUGCUCACAUUUUCCUUUAUCUGCAGAUAUGAACGGUUGAACCUUUUCAUUUGGAAACAAACUCAUUUUUGCAGUAACACUGAAUGUGGAAUAACCAAACCACACACGAGUAAGUCCAUUUUAAAUACAGCACACAUCAGUGGUAUUCAUUACUUAUUGUGUCUCAAUGUUUUAAAAUAUUUUAUUCCUUAAAAUCUGCAUAUAUUCAGCAUUUCUUCUUAUUUUUUUAUCUUUUGAAACUUUCAAGUGUUUCUGUUAUAUGUUUUCUUGUUUAUUCUUUAUUUUUUACUCUCCUUUGUUGCUCCUGUAAUGAAUGUUGUUGCUGCUGUGACACCAAGCUUUCCCCACUGAGGGACAAUAAAGGGAUUUUCUGUU